CAGGAAACACCUUUCAAGACAUGCAUUUAAACUGCUAUCGUGGAGCAUCUACUAUUGCUAAAACUGUAAAAAUAGUCUGUGAAGCUAUAUGGAAGCAUCUUUUGAUCGAAAAUAUACCGAAAAUAACUACUGAGCUGCUGAUAAAAAUUGCUGAGAAUUUUGCAAAGAGUGCGAACUUUCCUAAUUGCCUAGGCGCACUUGACGGGAAACAUAUUCGUAUUUGGAGUCCCAAACAUGGUGGAUCUCUUUUUUAUAACUACAAAAACUAUCAUUCUGUAUUGUUGUUGGCUCUUGUAGAUUCUAAAUACAGAUUUAUAUAUGUUGAUAUUGGAGCAUAUGGCAAGGAAUGUGAUUCAACCGUUUACAAUAAUUCAAAAUUUAAUGAAUUACUUUUGAAAGGAGAACUUCCUUUACCAACGCCAAAGCCUUUACCAGGCUCCCAAACGCCUCUUCCUUUUGUUUUUAUUGCAGACGAAGGUUUACCGUUAACAAAUAAUAUAAUGCGCCCAUACCCAGGAAAACAUUUGUCGAUACAACAAAGAGUUUUUAAUUAUCGUUUAAGCCGGGCAAGAAGAUUUGUAGAAUGUGCGUUCGGUAUCCUGGCAAACAGGUGGAGGGUAUUUCAUCGGCCAUUAAAUGUUUCAUUCAAUCUUUGCACAAAUAUCAUAAAAGCAAGCUGUGUUUUACAUAAUUUCAUUCUGAACCGUGAAGGAGCCGAAACGUUAGAAGAUAUGUUAAUUGAUGAUUCUUUUAUUGAACUACAACAGUCCGCACAGGAGGGUAGAACAAGAACAAGAGCUACCGACAUAAGAAAUGAAUUUUGUGAUUACUUUAACAGUGAUGUGGGAGCUCUUAGUUGGCAACUAAAUAAAAUAUAG